CCGGCCCCGCCUCUACCCGCUGUCCCGUCCGCGCCGGCCGGCCCUUCCCUGCGCACCGAGCCGCCGCCAUGAAGUGUCACUACGAGGUGCUGGGAGUGAAGCGCGACGCCGCCGAGGAGGAUCUGAAGCGGGCGUACCGCCGGCUGGCGCUGCGCUGGCACCCGGAUAAAAACCUCGAGAACGCGGAGGAAGCGGCAGAGCAGUUCAAGUUAAUCCAGGCAGCGUACGACGUCCUCAGCGACCCCCAGGAAAGAGCCUGGUAUGAUAAUCAUAGGGAGGCUUUGUUGAGAGGAGGAGUUGAUGGAGACUAUCAAGACGAUAGUUUAGAUCUGCUGCGCUACUUCACUGUUAGCUGUUACUCUGGAUAUGGAGAUGAUGAGAAGGGAUUCUUUACAGUCUAUCGAGAAGUUUUUAAAAAGAUUGCAAAAGAAGAGGUGGAAUAUAUUACCCGGGAAGAUAUUGAAGAGUUCCCUAUGUUUGGCAAUUCCCAAAGUGACUAUGAUACGGUAGUCCACCCUUUCUAUGCAUAUUGGCAGAGUUUCUGUACUCAGAAGAACUUUGCUUGGAAAGAAGAAUAUGACACACGACAAGCCUCAAACCGCUGGGAGAAACGAGCUAUGGAAAAAGAGAACAAGAAAAAGAGAGAUAAAGCCAGGAAAGAGAGGAAUGAACUGAUCCGUCAGCUAGUAGCCUUUAUUCGUAAAAGGGAUAAAAGAGUACAAGCUCAUAGAAAACUUGUGGAAGAACAAAAUGCAGAAAAAACUAGAAAAUCAGAGGAAUUUCGGAGGAAGCAGAAGCUCAAACAAGCCAAGCUGGCUGAGCAAUACAAAGAGCAAAGCUGGAUAACUAUGUCAGAUCUGGAGAAGGAGUUGCAAGAGAUGGAGGCACAAUAUGAAAAGGAAUUUGGAGACGGAUCAAGUGAUGAGGAGGAAUUAGAAGAACAGGAGACAAAAGGCAUUGAAGAGAAACUGAAUGACGAAAUUGAAGAAGCUGAAUUUGUUGAUGGUCUGUACUGCCCUGCUUGUGACAAGUUGUUAAAAACCGAGAAAGCCAUGAAGAAUCAUGAAAAGUCAAAGAAGCAUCGAGAGAUGGUGGCACUGUUACGACAGCAACUGGAAGAAGAAGAAGGGAAAUUUCCUGUGUCUUUGGAUGAUGCAUGUGAAAUACAUACCAAAGAGGAAGAAACAGAAGACAUGCCCAAGCAGAAACUCUCAAAGAAGCAGAGGAAGAAACAGAAAACAAUGGUGACUUACGAGGACUCUCUUGAUAAAAGCGCUGAUGAAGAAACAGUUGAACGAAAGGAGGUGCACGAUGUGGACAAGGACAGUGGCUCAGCAGAGGAGCUGGUGAAUGAUGGCCAAAGAUGUGCUGUGUCAGAGGACGCAAGUGCUACAGAAGAUGUCAGCCAAGUGGAUGAAGCAAGAAGUGAAGCUAAAAGCAGUACUAAACCUAAAGGGAAGAAAGCCAAGGAAGCAAAAAAGUCUGCUAAGGCAUCUUCAGAGCACCCAACAACAAAUGAAGUUCCUAUCCACUGCGUCACCUGCAACUGUGCAUUUCCAUCCCGAAAUAAACUGUUUGAACACCUGAAAGCCACAGGACAUGCAAAAGCCACACAAGCAGCAGCUGUAAAUGGAGCUGUAAACACCAGAAACAAAAAAGAGAAACGUAAAACCAGAUAGAACUUUUUUGUAGUGGCAGUCUACAGAAUCAUACAUGAGUGCUGUCCUGGAGCAGAGAGGUGACAUUGAUUGUGUCUGGAGUUGAACAGAGAAGGCAAGUCCUAAUUUUGGGGAAAAAAAAGGAAGAUGAAACAUAAAGAAUAGUAUCUUUUGAAGAAACCUGUGCUUGGUUUUGGGUACAUCAGCCUUUUCUUUAAUGACUGCGUUUGACUUGUCAUCUCAGCAGCUUUUACAAGGGGGUUGGGGAAGUGGUAAUUCAAAUUGACCUUGUGUUCUUGUAGAAACAUGCCCAGAUAAAGUGCCCACAGAGAGGGCUUAUCGUUUUAACACUCGUGUUGCUGCUUUUCUUUAGAGGGCUUAGCUCAGGGUGAGUGCAGCAGGCAGAAGGGACUGUGCUGCUUUGGUCAUCUGUCAAAGAUGAAAUAUAGUGCAAGGUCCUACACCUGGUUCAGAGCAAUCCCAGGCACAGCUACAGGUUGGGCAGAGAAGAGAUUCAGAGCAGCCCUUUGGAGAAGGACUUGGGGGUGUUGGUUGAUGAGAAAAUGAACAUGAGCCGGCUUCAGUGUGUGCUCGCAGCCCAGAAAGCCAACCGUAUCCUGGGCUGCAUCAAAAGGAGUGUGACCAGCAGGUCGAAGGAGGUGAUCCUGCCCCUCUACUCUGCUCUCGUGAGACCUCACCUGGAGUAUUGUGUGCAGUUCUGGUGUCCUCAACAUAAAAAGGACAUGGAACUGUUGGAACAAGUCCAGAGGAGGCCACGAGGAUGAUCAGGGGACUGGAGCACCUCCUGUAUGAAGACAGGCUGAGAAAGUUGGGGCUGUUCAGCCUGGAGAAGAGAAGGCUGUGUGGAGACCUCAUAGCAGCCUUCCAGUAUCUGAAUGGGGCCUAUAGGGAUGCUGGGGAGGGACUCUUCAUUAGGGACUGUAGUGACAGGACAAGGGGUAAUGGGUUCAAACUUAAACAGGGGAAGUUUAGAUUGGAUAUAAGGAGGAAAUUCUUUACUGUGAGGGUGGUGAGGCACUGGAAUGGGUUGCCCAGGGAAGUUGUGAAUGCUCCAUCCCUGGCAGUGUUCAAGGCUGGGUUGGACAGAGCCUUGCGUGGGGCAUGGUUUAGCGUGAGGUGUCCCUGCCCAUGGCAGUGGGUUUGGAACUUGAUGAUCUUAAGGUCCUUUCCAACCCUAACUGUUCUGUGAUUCUAUGAAAUGUCACCCCAACAUGGGGCUUUUCUUCUGCCCUCCCCAAGGAGAGGAGUACUUUCGAAGUAAUUAAUUACAAUAAACAGCAGAUGAAAGGGAAAGAGUAAGGCGUCUAAGUUGGUUAAUCAGCUUUGACAAUUCCUGUCGGUUUUGUACCUGCAUGCCAGGGUGUUGGGUGGAAAAAAAUUGCUAGUAGAACCUUGCUGAGAGAAGUGAAGGCAGAAAUGAGUGACAUGAAUAAAUGAAUUUGUUCUGUUGUUUUUCUAAUGAGAAACAUGGGAGUUGUUAUUGCACCUCUGUUUAAAAUGCAUGUCUACGUGGUGGGGAUAACAAGCACCUCAUUUUGCCAUGGUGGUGGAUUUUACAAGGCUGUUGUUAAUGUAGAUGAUGAGAGUGGUACUCCGUGUAGUAUGUUGUUUAGAAAGCUCCUAUGGUGAAGUUUUGCAGAAGCACUGGUCUUGCAUUAACUAAGUUCUAAAGUUUAAACCUGUCACGCAGAGUGGCAAAACCGUCUCCUUCCCCCACAUGUUGACAGGAUGCCUUUAUUGGGUCAAGGCUUUUUAAACUUUGAAUGAAAGUGAAAUGGUAAAUGUUCCUGCUGACUGUUCACAAUGCCUUUUGUUGGUUUUUGUCUUUUUUUUUUUUUUUUUUUUGAAACCAAAGCAAGGAAUGAACUGAUGAUUUAAAAAAGGAAAAAGGUGAUUAAGUAAGAAAGAAACAUGGCAUCUUAUUUCAGCAGUCAGAAUUUGUAUCUUUGCUAAAUGACUAAUGGAGGGGCCGUGCAAUCCUGAAAGCAGCAGGAGAAAAAAAAGGCGUGUUUUAGAGAGGAUGAUAACUGGGUUAGAGGCAUGUGAUACAAAUAAUUACUGUAAUUAGAAACUACACCUUUGUGCAAACAUUGUGGUUUUUUCAUGCUCUAAUUACAGUGUAUAGUUGUAAUAAGGGUAAAUAGUUUUAAGUGUGAAAUUUCCAGUUGUGUUCUAAACAGGGUAUUUCUCAGCCAGAGAUUGUCUAUGCUCAUGCAAGUGAAAUCUCACAGACUAAACCCUGCAGUAUUACUUUUUGACUUCUAUUCUUAUUUAAAUAAAACUAAAUACUUU